CUCCCUCUCCCCCGCACGCCGCACAUAAAAAUCCACCCACCAGUAUGCUCCUCGUCCCUCAUCUUUUGCCGCCCGGCGCCGCCCGAUUAGUGUCGCCUCGCCCCCGCCACUACGUCCACCUCCCUGACCCUGUCACCGUUGCCGCCAGCGCCGCCCCAUCUACCUCCUCUGCGGCCGCAGCCACCUACGAUUCUGUUCUCGCCUCCCUCAACUCCCGGCGCUACGACUUCUCCCCCCUCCUCGAUUUCAUCUCAUCCCCCUCCGCCUCCGCCCAGGGCCCCGGCGGCGCCGGUAAGGAAAGCGCUCCGCCGACCAGCCUCGACCCGGAAGAGCUCCGUCUCGCCGAGACGUACCGCGCCGUCCCCGCCCACGUGUGGCACACCCUCCUCAAGAACCUCGCCGCCUCCCCCGAUACCCUCCCUUCUGCCGCCGCCCUAGUCCCCUGGCUUGAACGCCACCGCCUCUGCUUCUCCUCCGACCUCCUCUACUCCAUCCUCAUUCACGCCCUCGGCCGUCACCGCCGUCUCCACCACGCCCUUCUCCUCUCUUCUUCCUCCCCCGCGCCCUCUCCCCUAACGCUCAACGCGCUCAUCUCCGCCUCGGCACUCAACGGCCGUCCCGGCCUAGCCCUCCAACUCCUCACCCUCCUGCGGCGCCAUGGCUUCCUCUCCGACCAUCCCAACUACACCCUUAUCCUUCAAUCCCUCGUCCGGUCACCGGACCCGCCUGACCCCAAUCUCCUCGAAACCCUUCUCUUUGAUCUUCUUUCCACUUCCCUCGAGCCUGAUGCGCGCCUCCUCUCUGACUUUGUUGCCGCAUUUGCUCAUGCCGGUGACCCUGACCGAGCCCUUUCCCUCGUUUCCGCUGCCCAAGCACAAGGGCUGACCCCAAAGUCAUCUGCCGUCGUCGCCCUCCUCUCCGCCCUUGGGGCUGCUGGCCGAGUUCCGGAGGCCGAAGCUGUGUUCUUGGAGUUCCACUCGUCCGGGCUCCAGCCACGCACCCGGGCAUACAAUGCCCUGCUUAAAGGUUAUGUAAAGAUUGGAGCUUUAAAGGAUGCCGAACUCAUUUUUGAAGACAUGGAGCGUUGCGGGGUUUCCCCAGAUGAGGGUACCUAUAGCCUCCUCAUUGAUGCGUAUACCAAUGCUGGUCGUUGGGAGAGUGCAAGGAUCUUGAUCAAAGAGAUGGAAGCCAAUGACGUUCAACCCAACUCUUAUGUGUUCAGUCGGAUUCUUGCGAGCCUUCGGGAUAAGGGGGACUGGCAGAAAUCGUUUGCCAUUUUAAGGGAGAUGAGGAGUAAUGGUGUUCAGCCUGACCGACACUUCUACAACGUGAUGAUCGACACAUUUGGUAAGUAUAAUUGCCUUCAUCAUGCGAUGGAUGUAUUUGAUAGGAUGAGAUUAGAUGGGAUCACGCCGGAUGAGAUCACAUGGAACACACUGAUCGAUGCACAUUGCAAAGCUGGGAGGCAUGAUAGGGCAAUGGAGCUUUUUAAACAGAUGCAGCAGAGUGGGUGCAUACCAUGUGCGACAACCUAUAACAUUAUGAUUAAUUCAUUGGGGGAGCAAGAGAAGUGGGAGGAACUGAAGGAAAUGUUUGAGAAGAUGAAGGGGCAGGGGCUAUUGCCAAAUGUGGUGACUUACACCACACUUGUGGAUGUAUAUGGCAAAUCAGGGAGGUUUAAGGAGGCGAUUGAGUUCUUGGAAGCAAUGAAAGCUAGUGGAAUGAAGCCUUCUCCUACAAUGUAUCAUGCCUUAGUGAAUGCUUAUGCACAGAGGGGUCUAUCUGAACAAGCUAUAAAUGCAUUCCGAGUCAUGAGAGCAGAUGGUAUAAAACCUACUGUGCUUGUCCUUAAUUCUUUAAUCAAUGCAUUUGGUGAGGAUCGAAGGGAUAAUGAAGCUUUUUCUGUCUUACAAUAUAUGAAGGAAAAUGAUUUGAAGCCAGAUGUUGUGACGUAUACAACCCUCAUGAAGGCAUUAGUCCGUGUUGAGAAGUUUGAGAAGGUUCCGGCUGUCUAUGAAGAAAUGAUUUCAUCUGGAUGCACACCAGAUAGGAAAGCUAGAGCAAUGUUGCGGUCAGCUCUCCGUUACAUGAAACAGGCCCACACUUGGUAGAACAGUCAAACAAAUAUGGUCACACAGUUCAGUUUGCAUGGGUCUUAGCUGCUGUUUUGCAUCCUUCAAAACCUAUUAAAGUAAGAAGCUACGGAAAGACGUUCUCCAGUAUGGCAGGGGUGCUUGCUUUAAGAGAAAGGCUGAUGGUGGCACUGAAAGAUCCAAAUUUGUUUAAUAGUCCGGGCAACUCGAUGAAGUAACCUGAAGAUGCAUAUUUGGAAGGUUCGUUUUACAAAAUGACCUAACCAAUUUUUGUUGCAUUGUGUAUACCUAAAUUCCCACUCUCAUUGUCAAUAAACUCUUAAAGAGUGUACCUUCAAGAUCUUGUUAGCAAUGAUUUCAUUUUAUAGUUGUCGGACAGUGAGCAUCUGUAGAUGUUGUUCAUGUAUUGAUAAAACACAGACGAGUGUAAAUGAUUUAAGAAAACUGCUGAUUUAAUUGAUUCAUCAUAUUUUCAA